GCGCCUGCUCGCCGUCAGGAAGUGUGUCGCGUUAAAUCCCGAAGUAAUAAUCCUGUUUACCCGGGCCCAGAGGACGCUACACGGGUGUCGGUGUGUCCAGGGCGGACGGGUCGUAUGUUCGAUCUUGUCUCCGUACGGCAUCACAGCUGCCUCGCGCUUUAUGCAGGGUAAACGCGCGCGUCUGCUCCGUGCGAGGCGGGGUCUUGUUUUCCUGUGCGGUCGCGCUCUGCUUUUCAUCUAAGCCUCGCUUGACAUGGGAUGCUGCGGCAGCACGGAGCGGACCAAGAGGGAAUGGAGGCCGCUGGAGGACCGGAGCUGUACCGACCUGCCGUGGUUCCUUCUCUUCGUGCUCUUCUGCGUGGGAAUGGGUGGUAUCUGUGGUUUCACCGUGGUAACGGGUGGCGCGGCACGGCUGGUGUUUGGUUACGACAGCUAUGGCAACACGUGCGGUCAGCCCAAUGAGCAGCUGUAUGGAGUCCGACUCAGUGGCCUGGACCACCGCGAUCGCAGGUUUGUGUUUUUUCUGGACCCGUGUAACAUAGACAUCGUGCAGCGUAAGAUCAAGUCGCUGGCGCUGUGUGUGGCGGAGUGUCCAGGGGAGGAGCUACACACCUACGCUGACCUCAAACGCUUCGCCAUGAUCAACGGCUCUGAGCUCUGCUCCUAUGAGUUGGCCGGUCAUAAGUACCCAAGCCACCCUGACCGCUGGGAGAAGUGUCCCAAACUACCAGUGCCCCAGAGUAAGCCGCUGCCGGUGUUUAACCGCUGCACUCCCAUGGACAUCACGUGCUACGCCAAGUUUGCCGAGGCGGUGGUGACGUUCGUGAGUGACAACAGCCUGCUGCACCGCCUGAUUGCCAGCGUCGCCGCCAGCAAAGAGAUCAUCAUCGGCCUCUGUGUCCUCGCACUAGUGCUGUCUAUGAUCCUGAUGGUCAUCAUCCGCUACAUCUCGGCCGUGCUGGUGUGGAUUCUGACCGGCCUGGUGGUGCUCGGUUCUCUUGGAGGUACCAGUAUUCUCUGGUGGCUGUACAUCGAUCACAGGUUGAGUGUGAACGACACUCAACUGGAGGAACCAGAGAACGAGGGGGUGGAGUCAGAGGAGGAGGAAACUAAAGAGAAAACACACGCACUCUUGAUCUACGCCAUCGCAGCCACCGUCUUCACUGUGAUCCUGCUGCUGCUGAUGCUGUUCAUGAGGAAACGCGUGGCUCUGACCAUCGCUCUGUUCCGUGUGGCCGGUAAAGUGUUCAUCCACCUGCCCCUGCUGGUCCUGCAGCCCUUCCUCACCUUCAUCGUCCUGCUCAUCUUCUGGAUAUACUGGCUCCUGGUGCUCCUCUUCCUCGGGACCAGCGGUGACCCUAUCCAGAAUGAGACUGGCCUUAUCGAGUUCCGCCUGAAGGGGGCCAAACAGUACCUGACCUGGUACCACGCCUUCGGCCUGGUGUGGGUCAGUGAGUUCAUUCUGGCCUGCCAACAGAUGACCAUCGCUGGAGCUGUGGUUACAUAUUACUUUACAAGGGAUAAGGGGCGGCUGCCCAUCACCCCCAUCCUGUCGUCGGUGCUGCGCUUGGCGCGCUACCAUCUGGGCACCGUGGCUAAGGGCUCCUUCAUCAUCACACUGGUCAAGAUCCCCCGACUCAUCCUCAUGUAUGUCCACAACCAGCUCAAGGGCAAGGAGAAUGCAUGUGCUCGCUGUAUGCUGAAGGCUUGUAUUUGCUGUCUCUGGUGUCUGGAGAAGUGCCUCAACUAUCUGAACCAGAAUGCAUAUGCAGCGACAGCCAUCAACAGCACAAGCUUCUGUGUGUCGGCACGUGAUGCGUUUGUCAUCUUGGUUGAGAACGCGCUGAGAGUGGCGGCCAUUAACACCAUAGGCGACUUUGUGCUCUUUUUGGGCAAGGUGCUGAUCGUGACGUGCACGGCGUUCGCGGGCGUGCUGGCGCUGAACUACCAGCGUCACUACAGUGAGUGGCUGCUGCCUCUCCUGCUGGUGGGGCUGUUCGCCUUCCUGGUGGCCCACUGCUUCCUGUCCGUCUUUGAGGCUGUGGUGGACGUGCUCUUCCUCUGCUUCGCCAUCGACACCAAAUACAACGACGGCACGCCGGGCAGAGAGUUCUACAUGGACAAGGCUCUCAUGGAGUUUGUCGAGAACAGCAGGAAGUCUGCAGCAGCAGCCGAUCGUGGGCGGGGUCGUGCUCGGGAAGAGGUGGAGCUUACAGCCAUGGUGAGUGAGGGAGAGGGCGAUGCGGGCCCUGAUUGGCCUGCGCCCGAGUGGGAGGAGCUGCAGGAGUUCCAGCUGUAUUUCCUGUUGGUGUGUGUGCUGGUGGACUGGGUGGUGUGGGAACAGCCGCUGGUGGUGUGUGUGACGCAAGACGUGCUGCUUUUCAUGUGUGUGUCGCUGCCCACCUCCUCUCUCUUCCUGCUCGCCUCACUGUUGCAACCCACUCACACACACACCGCCGUGGGGUGCCAACUCUCCACAGCGUCUGCAGAGGGCGCCAGCACAGAGCCAACUCCACCACCACCACCAGCACCAGCAGCAACGUCACCACGCAGUUUACCCCCAGCUGCCUGCAGAGGGCGCUAACACACACCACUGCCACACAGUUAACCCCUCAGCUGCCUGCAGAGGGCGCUAACACACACCACUGCCACGCAGUUAAGCCCUCAGUUGCCUGCAGAGGGCGCUAACACCCACCACUGCCACGCAGUUAACCCCUCAGCUGCCUGCAGAGGGCGCUAACACACACCAGUGCCACGCAGUUAAGCCCUCGGCUGCCUGCAGAGAGCAGCAGGGUCCAGCGCCACCCAGCGUGUACAGACGGCCUCUCUGGCGCCACCUGCUGCAUGAGCUGACAACACGCUCACUCACUGGCCUGCUAACUCAUCCUCCUCUCACCUUCAUCCUCUCCUCCUCCUCGUCACCAUCACGCGCCUCCUCUCAUCUACCGCCUGUGUCUACCUCACACCAGAGCCGCAGCUCAACUUUGACCUCUGAACUAUGACCUUUGGCCUUACACAGCACCAGUGACCUUAGAGAGAGAAGGGGGGAGGGGGUGAGACAUUCUGAAGAGAGAGAGAGAGAGAGAGAGAGGAGGAGGAGAUGAGAGGAGAGGAGAAAGGAAGAAAAGAGAGGAGAGGAGGAGAGGA